AUGUCCCGUACCUUGCAUUGUCCUGACGCCAAGGGGGGCGACAGCCCCGCAGCCCCGGAGGACCCUCCAGCCGCCGAGGACACGCGCAGCCCCUCGCAGCCGGCGCUCCCUCAGCUCCCGCGCCGCCCGCAGCUGCUGGAUGAAGACGCCGGACCGGACGAGGAUGGAGCCGCGGCCGCAGAGGGCAGCGAUCCGGUCCGGGGGGACCCAGAACCCGCAUCUGCGUCGAGCGAGGCAGGACCCAUGCCCAAGGCCACCGGCGGCACCGUUCCGCCCAUCGGCUUCGUGGGCGAGCCCCCGCCCUACGCGCCGCCGGACCCCAAGGCAGUGGCGCUGCUCUACCCGCCCUUCCCGCAGGUGCCGGUGCUGUUCCAGCCGGCGCCCGGGCCCGCCGCACUCUACCCGCCGCCGCCUGGCCCGCUCUUCCCACCCGCCGCUGCUGCCGGAGCCUCCUUCCCCUUCCCGGCGUAUGGCAGCCCCAUGGCCGGUGGGCCUGCUCCCAUGCAGGUGGAGCACAGGCCUCUGCCCAAGGACUUCAUGAUGGAGUCGGUGCUGGUGACCCUGUUCUGUUGCCUGCUCACAGGGCUUAUUGCCAUUGUGUACUCCCAUGAGACUCGAGCAGCCCUGGGCAGGGGUGACUUGGCCCAGGCAGAGGAGGCUUCGAGGAAGGCCCGGUCACUUGUACUCUUCAGUCUGCUCUUCGGGGUCUUUGUGUCUACCAGCUGGGUCAUCUAUGUGGUGGUGGCCCUCUACCUCCCCUGAGUGAGGCCCAGGACUUGCAGGCCAGCUUGUUCCCUUCGUGUGGACCCUGAUGCCCAUUGGGGCUAGCUGUUGCUCAUACAGGGCAAAGGGGGGGUGGGCUCAGAAACCCUGUCCAUGGGUGGUCCACUGAGGCCUUGGAUGGGAUCCUAACCUGAGGGACACAGGCCUGAAAGUCUUCCUGGGCUGCCUGCCUUCACCUUUACUCCUGGAGAACACAGAAGACUAAACUCACCAUCUUCAGAGCCUUCCAGAGGACAUGGCCACCUCCAGCCUAGCUCAGGAUCUGGCUCUUGUCCUACUCGUCCUCCCUGGGAGAAUGGAGAGGGAGGGGUGCUUCUCUCCCUGGGAGUUCCUGCUUGGUCCUGCACCCUUGCCAUGCUGGGAGAGAUCAGGACUGCUGUGGUCAGUCAACAAGGAGUGACAGAAUUCCUGUCACCACUUCAGAGGACACUGCUACUUUCUGUCUUCCAUUUGUGUGCAGCUGAGUCCCAGGUCCACUGCCUGCCCUUCUCCGAGCUGUCUGAGGCCGGCACUUACACAGGAUGCCUCAUUCCCCGAGAGCCAUUUUUCUAUAAACAUCUCUCCUUACUGCCUCUGGCUCCUGCUGGCUGCUUGAGGCUUUCAGGUUCUGCCUUUCCCGGCCCCAGCUUCCUACUCGUUCCUUUACAGCCAUUGACCCAAGUCGGUCAGCUGAGGGGUUGGAGAUGCUUCAAUUCGUUGAAUGCAUGCACAAAGCCCCUAGUUCCCUCCCCAGCACUACACAAAUGGGGUAUGGUGGUGUACAUCUGUAACCCCAGAACUUGAGCAGAAGGAACAGUUCAAGGGCAUCCUUGGCUAUACUGAAUGUUAGAGGCAAGCCUGUGCUACAUGAGCCUGUCUCAAAACCAAAAGGGUCAGCUGGGCCCCCAGUUGGGGACAGCUAUCCCACCUGGGGGGUGCUCUCAGACCAGGGCACCCCAGAUACUGUGAGACACCUGUAGAAUGAUACAUGGCUGUUCUCACAUCAUGUGCCCUGGGGUCAAGUCCAGGUGGCUGUGAGAAAGGCUGUUGUCACAGGAGUCCCACCCAUCUGUGAGGAGGGCACUAGGAUGGAUCUGAAAAGCAUAGGAAGCUCACACACAGGCUGGCAUCUCCUCCCUUCCUGCCGCCAACAACUACUGCAGGGUACUGAAGGGGAAGCCCAGCCCUCCUCCAGGGGGCGGAGCCUGGAACGAGGAAGUCUGCAGUGAGCAUUAUGGAGAUCCAGGACACAGGGCUGUUCUGGAACCAAGAACUUGACCUUCAAAAUGCAUGAGAGCCACAAAGAGGAGGAAAGGAUUUUGGGGGCUGGUAGAUGCUUCAAAGAUACCUCAUAGCACCCAACAGCCAACCUUGCCAUUCUCUCACACCUUUAAAUAAGUCAUGGUGGAAAGAUGUCUAGAAGGCUGCUCCUUUGGAGGGGCUGUGAGUCACCUGCGGGAAUCAUGUUCAACUGCAAUGGGGCCUGUAACUGCAGCUUGAAGCUCUGCAUGAUUAAUGAGCUUCCUAGUGCUUCUGUUGCUGCUCGGAACACCUAGGGUGGUGAUUAAUAAAACUGUCAAGGGUACCUGCAUCAGGACCUUAGCAUGAAA